GGUAACCUGACAGGGCUGUGUUCGCCAAGGCUUCGGCAUAACUUCAUUGUUGGUGAAACCUGUAGCAGUGGGCGACGACUUCAACAUAACGGCUUACAGUAGGACGGAUUUCCGCAGCGCGAGGUCGCGACGAUACGUAAUGAUGUCUAAACAUAACGAAUUUUCUUCAAUAUGCGCCCGCCUGGAUAUAAGAGAGCUCCAUUUACUCAUCUAAGUAAUAUUCCUAAAAAGUAAAUCCAUGUUGACAUAUACUCAACCGAAUUCAGCAUUGCAACUAAAGCGCAUUUCAACCUUUACACUCUGAAGACUGAGGUUACCAAAGUAUUCUUCUACCUAAUUAUGAUUUCUCUAUACGAUAUCAGCAUUCCUGUGAUCACCAAUGUACUCAACACACUUUCCUCAAUCCUACAUAAGGGCGGGCAAUAUGCAAAGGAACACAACAUCUCCGAUACUGACCUGCUCGGGUCGCGUAUCUACGAGGACAUGUUCCCGCUCUCAACCCAGACCAUAAUAAUUGCCCAGGUGGCCAAGAAGACCAUAGAGCGGCUGAGCGACGUCACACUGGACACCAUACCCAAACUGGACCACGAGGUGAAAUCGCUGGAAGACCUGUACAACAUGAUCGACGGCACGCUCCAAGAGCUGGGAGCAGUUGACAGGGCUUCCAUCGAGGGCAAGGACAAUGAGGAUAUAGUCUUUAAUAUCGGACCGCACAUGAUGAAGAAGACGACACGUACUGCCUAUGUUCUGGGGUAUGCUACUCCGUACGUCUUCUUCCACCUCGACAUCACCUAUGCUAUCCUUAGGAAUCAGGGCGUUCCAUUGCGCAAGCUGCACUAUGUCACAGAGUUUAUAAAGGACAUGCCAGAUGCAUGAGGGCUUCGCUAUAGGUUGGACCUGGACUGCAGUUAAGCAGCCCACAAGACACUUGUAGCAAACACCGAAAUGUGGGGGUUCCAAAGACGUGUAAUUGUCAUUCAGUGGAAGACGUCAAAGGCUGGUCAAAGGAGUCAUUAGGUUAAUCUAUUAUAGGUAAUACAAAAAUUAGAAAGUA